AAACUCUGAGCACCAGACAUCUUGCCAUGUCCUUGUCUGGUUGGAGCUGCUUAUCCUACACUGCUAUGGAACAGAAAGAUUUCUUAACAAACCAAAAUAGGAUAAUGUAAUUUUAGAAGAUAGAUUUAGUAAGAUUUACUAAGAUCUGAAAAAUGGUUUAGACUGUUGAGGAUGGUUUCUUGAAAAAUACAGACUUUAUUAAAGGAAUGAGUCUUGUUGAUUAUUUUUUUAAAAGUAGGAGAUGAAUAGGGAGAAGAUGGGAGAAUCACCCUGGCUCAGUUUCUGAUAAACUGUCUCUGGCAGCUAGAAUUCGCUGGGACUUUUGAAGAAUUUUGCAUAAAGAAAUGAUUCUGAAACACAUAUUUUCUCAGACAAGAAUGUGCAUACAAAAUGCUAACUAACAGAAUACUAACUUUUUAAAUAAACUCAGUAUGAUGUUGGUGGGGAGAUGAAUGGAUGACAGAUAUCUAGCAAAAGUAAACACAGCAGGAAACUUUGGAUCAACUGUUACUCUGGGAACUGUGCUCUAGAUGGAACAGUUUAAUGCAUCAACAUUGCAGGAAUUCAUUCUGCUUGGCUUCAGAGUUGGACAACAAGGACAUCUGCUGCUUCUCAUCUCAUUCAUAGUGGUCUACAUCUUCACUUUGAUUGAAAAUCUGGUCAUCAUCUUGGUAGUAUCUGAAGAUUCUCAGUUAUCUCGUCUUCCCAUGUACAUUUUGCUGAGCAACUUUUCCUGGCUGGAGGUCUGUUAUGUAAGUGCUACAGUGCCAAGGAUGCUCUUUGACCUGUCCUUCCCAGGUGGGGUCAUCUCUUUCCAUGCCUGCUUCAUCCAAUUUUAUGUCUUCUUCUCCCUUGGCACCACGGAAUGCUUCUUCCUCUCAGCCAUGGCCUUGGAUCGGUACUUGGCCAUCUGCUGUCCACUACGGUACACACAAAUUAUGUCUAAAAAAUUCUGUUUCCUCCUGGUGGCUUUUUGUUGGAUUACUGGCUUUCUCUACUACAUUGCCCCUGCAUCCUUGAUCUCCAGGUUGUCCUUUUGUGGUCCCAACACUAUUGAUCACUAUAUCUGUGACUCUGGAGGACUUCUAGCCCUAGCUUGUCAUCCUCCAGAAUCUCUCUCUCUUUUCUGCUAUGUCAUAACUUCUGCCUUAAUUCUAGGCACUUUCCUUUUCAUUAUGAUCUCCUAUGUGGGGAUUAUUUUCACCUUGGCAAAAAAGUCUGGUGAAAACACUGGAAAAAAGGGCUUCCAAACGGUGUCUUCUCACCUAGCAGUGGUGACCAUUUUUUACGGUUCUGUGGCCACAAUGUACAUUGGGUACACUGAAAAAAAUCGUACUGAGAAUAUUAAAGUGAUGACAUUGUUCUACUCAGCUGUUGCCCCUUUGCUUAACCCCUUGAUCUAUUGCCUCAGGAAUAAUCAGGUGAAAGGUGCAUUGUUUAGGGUCUUGAGAAAGAAGGGAAUUAUAUAGAAAAAUAAAAGCAAUUGUAAUGAAUUAUGUCAGGAUCAAGCAUUAAUCAUACUUGUUAGGAUAGAUCAAUAGCUGUGAAAACGGGGAGGCCAACUUCAACUGUGGGCAAAGAGGAAUAACAAGAUAUUAUACAAAUUAAUAGCAGGGAAGCAUUAAAUUUUAAUUGUAAGGUUGCCUUUAAUGCCAAUAAUAUUAUUCUUACAGUUUUAAUAGUAACAGUGAUAUGAAUACAAGUAAUGCUUAUUCUUGCAGUUAUUUCCAACUGUAAUAAUGAAGACCUAAUAUCAGAGCAUUCAAACUGUACCCGAGUUUUAAUUCCCCCAGCAUAUCUCUAAUUGACUGUUCUAGAAAAGUAGGACUAUUCCAUUGAGUGAGAAAUUAUUGAUACCAAAUACAUCAAAUCUCAAGAAACAGAAUGGUUUUUUUUAUACAUUACAGUUGUUAAUUGAUAAGGAACUUGUAAUCUGUUUUGCAUGUAACUUGUAUCUGCAUAACUAACCUGUCUUCUCCUCCUUUUUAAUCCACUUCUUCCCCUCUAUUUUUCCCCAGUUUAAGUUCUACUUCUGUCAAGCCACUCUGCAUUUAAUAAAGUGAACUGCAGCAACAUGAAUAUAUGUAUGUAUGUAUGUAUGUAUGUAUGUAUGUAUGUAUGUAUGUAUAUCUUUUAAUGAAUUUUGU